AAUAAGCCAAUUAAUACGUUUUCCAAGUCUUUGUUCAUCCUUUUUAUUUUUUCCUCUCUCUUCACCCAACAACAACAAAAUAUAUUAAAAAAAAAUUAAAAAGUCUUUGAACUAACCCUAACUGGAGCAAUUAAUUUGGAAAAGAGGGCCGCUGAAUUGCUGAUUCUCGAGGCAAAAUGUCGUGGUUUAGAUCGGCGGUUAGCAAAGCCGUUGAGGUUGGGAACAAGAACAACCUCACUCGCACCGUCAAGAACUAUGCCGACACCGUCGUCCAACAGGCCGGUCAAGCCGUUGCCGAGGGAGCCAAAAUUCUCCAAGACCGCAUUGCGGCUCGAAAUUUCAAAAGCUUCAAGCAGACUGUCAAAAGAUUGGAAGAAGCUUCUGUUUCUUGUAGGGGACCAGAAAGAGUUCAGUUGAUGCGGAGAUGGUUAGUAGCUCUUCAUGAAGUUGAAAAGUUGUCUGGGGCUCCUGUUGAAGAGAGAGAAAAAGAUACUGAGCAACAUCUUCCUUCUGAAGAACCUAAAGGCAGUCCAAGGAAACAGUCUCUAGUUCUAUACUAUGACCCUGACAUGGGGGUUGAACCAAUGAAUUUCCGUGAUGUCUUUCUCUAUAGUCAAGCUCUGGAGGGUAUUACGAUAUGUAUGAUUCUUGAAGCACCAAAUGAGGAGGAAGUUUCUCUUCUGCUUGAAUUAUUUGGGCUCUGUCUUACUGGUGGAAAAGAAGUUCAUAACGCAAUAGUAAGCAGUAUACAGGAUCUGGCUAAAGCUUUCUCAAGCUACCAAGAUGAAGUGCUGGUGAAGCGGGAGGAAUUGCUCCAGUUUGCUGAGGGUGCAAUCACUGGGUUGAAAAUAAAUGCUGAUAUUGAAAGAAUUGAUGCCGAGGUCUCCAAAUUGAAAAAAAAGCUUGACGAACGAACUGUAUCAAAGGAUCUCGUGGGCAAAACUGAUCAAACAAGCUCAAAAGAGACGAUUGUUCCAGAAAUAGAGGCUUUGAAAGAAGCACUUUCGCAUAUCCGAGUUUGUUCCAGAUUAGAAGGACUUCUACUGAAGAAAAAGUUUAUUAAAUACGGAGACACUCCAGAAGUUCAUGCUCAGAAGGUUGAUAAGUUGAAAGUUUUGUCUGAAUCUCUAUCUAGCUCAACCUCAAAAACUGAGAAGCGCAUCUCGGAGAACAGACUUCAAAAAGAGGAAGCAUUAAAAUUUCGUGUGACAAAAGCAAGUGAAACCGGUGAAAUAGAAAAGGAAAUAUCUGCUGAGAUUUCGGAGCUUGAGACCCAAAGAAAUCAACUUGAAGCUGAACUGAAAAAGGUCAAUAUUUCCUUGGCUGCUGCUCAAGCACGCCUCCGUAAUGUUAGGGAGGAGAGAGACCAAUUUUAUGAAGCUAAUGAUCAGAUUGUUGCCCAUUUGAAAUCUAAGGAAGACGAAUUUUCGAGAUCUAUUGGGUCAUGCAGAGUGGAAGUGGAUGUUCUGGGUACUUGGAUCAAUUUUUUAGAAGACACCUGGGUUCUUCAAUCUUCACGUGCAGAGACCAAGGAUAAAGAGAUCGAUGAUGAAUUGGAGAGACAUGAGCACUACUUUGUGAAUUUGGUCAUUCAGCUGCUCUCUUCUUAUGAGAAAGAUUUGAAGCCUUCCAUUGAUCGCAUUGGGAAAUAUGUUGAGAACUUGAAGAGUUUAAGUGAAGGGUCAGUCGUGGCAUCAGGUGAUAAAGAUAAUUCUGGCGCAUCAAGUCCAAGGAAAAAUCUAGAGGAGGAGUACCUGGGCUACGAAGCUAAGAUUAUAACCACAUUCAGCGUAGUUGACAACAUGAGAGAGCAGUUUUAUUCAGAGCAUGGGAAAGUAUCCAGCAAGGAUGACAAAAAGGUGAAAGAGUUAUUUGACAAGCUUGAAAAGCUAAGAGAAGAAUUCGAAGCUAUUGAGAGACCAAAUCUGGAAAUGGAGAUUCCUGUUGAAGAGGCUGAGUCUUCAUCUCAUGAGAAGCAACAGGAAAGUGUAUCUCAUCCUACAAGCCAGUCUGCGAAGGACACUGUGGCUGUGGAUAUCCCAGUUGCUGAUGCACCAGCAGUCAAGUCAGAGCAGCAGCUUGACACCGAGGCAGAACUAGCAAAGCUGGAAUCUGAAUUUGGCAAGGUUAACAGGGAUUACUCUGGUGAAGAAAUUGGUGACUGGGAAUUUGACGAGCUUGAGAAAGAGUUCAGAUCUGGCGACUCAGCGGCAAAGAAAUAAGCAAACCCAAAGAUUUUGACAUUUCUUUCUUCUGAACUUACUACGGUUGGCGGUCUCACAUGUAUGAUUUAGAUAGAUUACACUGAACUCCUCGUGAGCAAUAUUUAGCCAAGGAGUUUCUGUUACUGUCCAUUUUAAGUUAAUUCUUGUGUAAAUGCUCUAAAUUGUAUCAUUUUAGUUAAGGUCUUUGUAUGAUUAAUGAAAUCAACACAAAAAUUUGUGUAUUUGGGGAAACAUGUAAUCUGAUUACAAGUCAUUGUCUGAGCUUAUUGCCAUUGUGGAAAUGAUUGCAAGUCUUCUACAGGUGUAAGCGAGGACUUUUAACGUA